AUGAACUCUUUCAGUGUUUUAACAGUGAAAGUAACACUUUGCUGUGUGGUGGUUAUGCUCGGAGCAUCACUACCAUUUUCAGAUGCACAGCUUGAUAACUCCUUUUACAAAGAUACAUGUCCGAAGGUGCAUUCUAUUGUGCGUGAAGUUGUCAGAAAUGUUUCUAAAUCUGAUCCUCGUAUUCUCGCCAGUCUCAUAAGGCUCCACUUUCAUGACUGUUUUGUUCAAGGGUGCGAUGCAUCAAUUCUUUUGAACAGCACUAGUACUAUUGUGAGUGAGCAAACUGCAGCGCCAAAUAACAACUCCAUAAGAGGUUUAGAUGUUGUGAAUCAGAUCAAGACAGCAGUAGAAAAUGCUUGUCCUGGCAUAGUUUCUUGUGCUGAUAUUCUUGCUCUUGCUGCUGAGAUAUCUUCUGUUCUGGCACAUGGUCCUGAUUGGAAAGUUCCACUGGGAAGAAGAGAUAGUUUAAAUGCAAGUUUUGAUCUUGCUAAUCAAAAUCUUCCUGGUCCUAAUUUCACCCUUGAACAACUCAAAUCUACAUUUGAUAGGCAAGGCCUUAACACAACUGAUCUAGUUGCACUUUCAGGUGCUCAUACAAUUGGUAGAGCUCAAUGCAGAUUUUUUGAUAAUCGAUUGUACAGCUUCAAUAACACUGGAAACCCUGACCCAACUCUUAACACAACCCUUUUACAAGCACUGCAAGCAAUAUGCCCUAAUGGUGGACCUGGAACCAAUCUCACCAAUUUAGACCUAACCACUCCUGACACAUUUGACUCCAACUACUACUCCAAUCUUCAACUUCAAAAUGGCUUGCUCAGGAGUGAUCAAGAGUUGUUUUCCACAAGUGGUGCAGAUACUAUUGCCAUUGUCAACAGUUUCAGUGCUAACCAAACCCUCUUCUAUGAAAACUUUAAGGCGUCAAUGAUAAAAAUGAGUAUCAUACAAGUGUUAACAGGAUCACAGGGAGAGAUUCGAACACAGUGUAACUUUGUGAAUGGAAAUUCAGCUAGCUUGGCUACUCUAGCCACCAAACAAUCUUCAGAGGAUGGUGUACUAUGGAUGGCUCCAACUUGUUCUGUAAUAUCUGGUUAUGAGAAUUCAAGUUGUUUGGUGUCUGUUGUUCUGGAACUGAUAUAUGAAAUAUGCAAGAACUGUUGGGAUAACGGUGCCAAUCUUUUGGCAUAUGCUCAAUCCAGUAUUGGUCGCUUUCGUGCCGCUAGCAAUAACAGGGGUACCGACGCUCUCGAAAUCUCCUGGAGUCAAUUAGCGUUGAAGUGGCUGAUGAAGCGCCCGCUGUUAGAGCCGUGGGAGUUACUGGACAGAAUACCAGUGGACCGGCUGUUCAACCCCAUCCAGAGGACAUCUUUCGGAACACUCGGUUCGUUACUCAGGUCGAGGGACCUUCUGAAGCGCACGAGCCUAUCGUCUAGACUUCAUCCAACUCUGAGCACGAAGAACGAGAUAGAGAUGUUCUACCCGUCAUUGUUGUCCGCCAACGCUCGUGUCGACGUGCUCCUGGAGCUGCUGGGACAAGACAGACGCGUCAUUCCCGUCGCUAGGAGUCGUUGGGAGGCCGGGGGUGCAGAAGCUAAUCGGGGAUGGAGAGAUGUUGAAUUGGAAAGUCCAUUUCGGAAUGCAUCGUGGUGCUGGUUGUACAGCUGA